CAGAAUUGAAACAGAAACUAACACAAUUAGCCUUUGCACAACUACCACAAAUAACCCCUGAUACAACACACUGCACAUGUUUCCUGUCUCGUAGAAAAAGUCUUAGAAAACCACCAUGGAAAUCAUUAAAAAACAUAAAGUGGAUCUCACAGGGGUGCUCUCUGCUGAUCCGGGUCCAAUCAUUCAGCGCGCACACAGCCAGUCCAUCAUUACAGAAAGAGAAUACUGCAAGGUGAAAAACAUUACUGAUCCAGAAGAAAAGGUCAUCGAGCUCCUAGACCGGGUUAGGACAAAAUCUGAUCAGACAUGCCAAGCCUUUCUAGACAUCCUAAGAGAGGUUCAUGACACCUACCCUCGAUUGAAGGACUUGUUUACAGAGGCUAAAGAAUCGGAUAUCUCAUUCUCAGCAGCAGCUCAGGAUACCCCAGAUGGCAUUCAUUGUGUUGUAAUGUCAGAUGCGGAAAAGAUCAAGAAAGCAGAUUCCAUCGUGCAAGAUAAAUUGCAGUUUUUCAAGACCAACAGAACAGACCUUGUUCAAAAGGUGAAAAACACCGGACAGUUAACAGAUCUGCUUCACCAAACCUUUCACAAAGAAGCCUUGGACUGUGUUCUUAGUAAAGAGUUUCCACAGGAUCAGAUGAGAAAACUGAUGGACUUUACUACAACAGAAUCUGUUGCUAAGGAGGUGUUUUUGGCACUUUGCAAUGUUGAAAUACGUGUAAUGUGUGAAAUAUUAAAAAUAUAAAUACAGUAUAUUUUUAUGUACUGGUAUAUUAUUACAUGUAUAUUUAAACUCUUACGACAAAUGUGAAAUUAAUCAAUUGCAUAAUGUACAGUAAGUGAGGUAAUAAAAUGUGAAAUCCAAUAAUGUCACAAAGCUUGAGGAGGAUAUUGUGAUGAAACAAGUCUCAUGAAAAUGUUUGAAACCAACAGCAGUCCAGAACUGUUUCAUCAAUAUCAAACUGUAUGCAUUCAAACAAAUUAAUCUGUCUGGUAGACCCACACUUGAACUGAAUAUUAGGUUUUAAUAUAAUAUGAAGAUUCAGUAUUGAGUAUUUUCAUUUUCCUGUGAAGCAUCUGAAGUGUUGUAUCUUCUGAUCAAAUGUUCAUGUGGGAUUAACCUUUAUACAACCACCUUUGUCCUUUGUGUUCAUAAAAGUAAUCUUAAACAUAUGUUUAGGUACUUCUUAUUUUACAGGUGGUUUCAGUUCUAGUUUCAGUCAUGUCGCUGAUGUGGAAGAAAAACAGGUUAAGAUCUUUGUAGAUAUCAAAGGUACUCAGGGUGGGGUUGCUUUGUAUAUUACAUUAUCUGAAUAUUAUCCAAGUUGUCACCACUCUGAUAUAUAAUACUGGACUGUGCUUGAGUUUUGUAUUAUUAAACGUUUGUCUGAUGA